GAUCUCCAGCAUCUUGGCACUGACCUCUGUGAACAAUCUCAAAGAUAAGUGGUACAUAUAGUGAAUUUAUACUUAUCUUUUCUCAGAUCAAGUUAUUGUUUCUUGACCAGCGGCAAUCCGCUUUGCGCGCUACCGUCACAUAGGUCUGGUUCGUUCCUCAAGCUUUCAACAUCAGUCUUUUGUAAAUCCUAUUUCUGUUCAAAUGAUAUUUAAUCCAAAGUUCUCAUUCGAUACUCCUGAUGUCACACCAGUUGUGGAUGCUCAAAAUCUAUCAUCUACCCAUGUAUCAAUUAAUAGAUUAGUAGAUACCUUAAUAGAGACCUAUCGCAAAGACAUAUGCUCCGACGAAAGUGUUGAAGUUUGCAGCGAUGCUAUUCCACCAGGAGUUUUAGAAGAUGAAAGUUCCACUACUCAGUUUACAGACGUCGUUCGAGAUAAAAGUAAUCGUGUUCGCAAGAAAAAGGAUGAGUCAGAAAAAUUUAAUUUUGCUCGUGCUGUUACAAAAUACAAGCAGGUGUCGUCAUUUAUAGAACUCAGUUUAGCUAAACCAUUACUUAAAUCACUUACUGAAAUGUCCUUAGACAAACCAACUCCUAUCCAGUGCGCAUGCAUCCCUGUUGCCUUACUUCACCAUGACAUAUGUGCUUGUGCCAGGACAGGGUCUGGUAAGACGUUAGCGUUUUUGCUGCCUAUUUUGGAGAGACUAGCAAAAAAGCCAACUGAUUUUAACCAUGCAGUUACUCGGGCCCUUGUGAUCAGUCCGACUAGGGAGUUAGCUGUGCAGAUUUUCAACGUCGCCGAAAAGCUAGUUAAAUAUUGUCCAAAGCUCAGGAUUCAGUUAGCGGCUGGAGGACUUGAUUUACACUCACAGGAGGCUUCCUUGAGAUUGAAUCCUGAUUUGGUAAUUGCAACACCGGGACGUCUGAUCGACCACCUCUCAAAUGCUCCUAGUUUUAACUUACAACACAUCGAAUACCUUGUAUUGGAUGAGGCUGACAAGCUUUUAGACGAAUACUUUGCAGAGCAAAUAGGAGAAAUUAUUAAAUUCUGCAGCACAAAACGACAGACCUUGCUAUUUUCUGCUACAAUGACGGAAAGUGUUAAAGAACUUGCUAUACUUUCGCUUCGCGACCCAGUACAAAUAUUCCUCAAUCAAGCAACUGCUGUAGCCCAAUGUUUACAUCAAGAAUUUGUUCGCAUCCGUCCACAUAGAGAGGAUGAUCGACGAGCGAUCGUCGUAGCCUUGCUGAUGCGUCAUUUUCGUAAACGGACCAUAGUUUUCUUACCAACUAAGAAGGAUUGUCACAAAAUGCAUAUUAUGUUAGGUUUGCUUGGUCUUUCAUGUACUGAGUUACAUGGCAAUAUGACACAAGCACAGAGGUUGGAGGCUUUGAAGCGUUUCUCGUAUGUUGGUGUAAGUGAUGAAUGUAAAAAUAAAAGCGCAAUUGAUCAGCUUUCUGAAAUGAAUGAACAUGAUAUACGCCCUGUUGAUAUUCUUUUGGCAACUGACUUAGCAUCAAGAGGUUUGGAUAUUCCCAAUGUACAAACAGUUAUCAAUUAUACUUUACCUCAAACUAUGAAACAGUAUGUACACAGAGUUGGUCGUACCGCUAGAAUUAUGAAUGUUGGUCGGUGAGUUCCUGUUUAUAAGCUCAUGCUUUCCCAGUAAUUGUAAUGUUUUUUCUACGUUUCUGUUUACGGAUAAGCAACUACAGUAAGACACAAGCAAAUCACUUAGCUAUGUCUUCUUUUUGGACGUUUAUAAUUAAUAAUUAGUAGAAAGCCAUGUUCUUAUAACUCAGCGAUUUAUUUCUUAUGGCACGUAUUAUAGCUUGUUGAGUAAUUGUUUAAUCAUUCUAGUAAAUCAACAAUCCAGUCAGUCUUUGCUUACUCUUACUAGGGGCAAAAGGUAAACAUUCAUAUAAGUUAAUUAUUCUUUACAUCAAAACUUAUAAACUAUCAUAACGGAUUCUCAAUAUGAUAAUAGUUGAAAAAAGAUAUACCAAUACAAAAAUCAAAUCUACUUAUAAACGUUUAGAGCUUUAUCGAACUAUAUCCCAUUUAGUUUAGUCCUAUCUCUCAACAAUUCAUAUCGUAUUACUCAGCUAUUUCAAUAGACAUUGUGUCGUUUCUUUUCAAUGAAUAAACAAACUCUCGUCGAAUUUGAUAAUCCUUGUUAUUUUAAGACUUAUUUGGUCCUUACAAAACUUAUAAUCAUGAUUGUAUUGUCAAUUUAGAGUGUACAAGUGCUAUAUAUUACCGUUGUUUGUAUGAAAAUUACUCACCAUCUUACGUACAAAAAUCGAGCGAGUAAGUCAAAUCGUCUAAGUAACAGAAUGUACUAAACUAAAGAUCAAUUCUGAAUUAGGAAUGAGGUGAAAAGCGUCUAGUUCACUUUACUUGUUGCAAUGUUUCUGUACAAAUACGAGAUUAUGUUCCUUUUAAGCUUAAUUACUAUUACUAGAUAGUACAAGAUUUCUAAAUUCUGCGAGUUAUAAUUGUUUCGAUUACAUUAUGUCAUUUUUUACUAACUUUACUUGAUAAUUUCAUUUAAAGAGCAGUGUCUUUAGUGGGUGAGGAUGAUCGCAAAGUGAUGAAAGAAAUAAUGAAACAAGCACCUUAUCCGGUUAAAGCACGAGUAAUAGCAUCAGGUUAGAUUCAAUAAUCUCUGUUUGAUGAUUAAGAAACAUUUUUAACUAACAUAACGUCUCAGAACCAGUCGCAAUGGUCUAGAUGAGUUCAUUUUUUUAUCGUCCCUUGGUUCCCAUGUUCGAAAAUUAUUUCAUACCUUUUAUUCUGUGGAUUCAUUCGUUCUUAUGGAAUCAUAUUCUGUAUGCGUAAUGUUCUUUUGCUAUCACUGCUACUUUGAUAUUCAUUUUGACAAUUUACCUCCCCGUGCUUAUGUAGUGUGGUAAUUUGAAUAUUUGCACAUAUGUUCCAGGUUCUACGUCGCUUAUAAUUGACUGACUGACUACAUUUUCAUUAGUUUUAGUUAGUAGUUAUAAAAGUUCCAUUCAGUAGUAGAAGUUGCACAAGCUUCGACAUGAAUAUGAAUAGAAAAACUAAAACAUCCAGCCUCUAAAUUAUUACCUGGGUAACUUGGUCGCAUGACUGAAGUUUUGAUAACCAUGUUUACAUUCUGUUAAUCAUCAUACAUGAUUAAGAGAAUUUAGUGUUAUAAGUUGUGAUCAAAAUUUGGGUGAAUGGUUUUGCACAAAUUGUGAACCGACUAAAUAAAAUUUAAAAGACAAAAUGUAUAUUUGCGCGGAAUUUAAAGUUCAGGGAGUGAUAGUUUGUUUGUUUAUGUAAACUAAGUGGACGUUCGCGAUGUCCGUUCUAAAAUGCUCGGAAUCGAUUAUAAGACUAAUUACUGUGUUUAGGUAAUGCUCAUCUAAAUCCAACCUUACCCUAUAAUCAAAAUCAAAUCAGUCAUUCUAAGAUUUUUUGAAGAAAAACUUAUUUCAGGCUACCAUGCUAAACGCUCAAAGUAUUAAAGUUCAGUCGCUGUGAUUUUUAUAAAUAUAACUUUAUGGAUAACUUAUUUAGUAGUUCAUAAAACAACACAUUAGAAAGGAAGAUGAAACUAGUCACUUAUACGAAGUAUGCAUUUUGUAAACUGCAAAGUAAGCUUCAAACUAUCAAUUACUAACUAGUUUUUUCUCAUUCUUGACUAAUUAAUUACUUACUGAGUGCCAUCAAAAGUAAUGUAUACAACUGCUUUAAUUUAAAAGCCACGAAACAUAUACGAAUAAUAGAAAGAUCUAAUGUGACGUUUAGCGCUUACACGUCUACAUCAUUCUGAUAAUUGUUAAAUAAGGAUACUAGGGAUUAUACAGCACAAAGUUGUCUCCCAACUGUUUCAUAUGUAGUCCUAACACAACUUUAGGAGAUAGUAGUUUUGGAUAUACCUUGAAGAGAAUGCCUAUAUAUGUUUUGAAAGUUCUAGAUCCAUAAUUUAUUGAUUUUAGUUUUUCAUCUAUAAAUACUUCGGGGAAUUCAAUUGUGCAAUUUCUACGGAUAUUUUCUAGAUGUUAUUGCUACUUAUCAGUCCAAAAUUACUCGCUUGGAACCUAUAAUUGGAAAAAUCUUGGCUGCAGAAGCUGAGGAGCGAGAAUUGAGGGCCGCUCAAAGUCAACUAUCCAAGGCUGAGGAGUUAGUUACUUGUAUGAAGUCUGAAACGGCACCUCUCUCAUGUGUGGAAAGGAGAGUAGACUGGUUCGCUGAACGUAAACGUGAUAAGAAGACUAUUGGUCGAAAACUCAAGGUGUCUCAGUCGAAAAAGCGCAAAGUCAGUUGUGAUAGUGAUUCUGAAUAAUACUUAUUUCAGUGUAAAUUAUCUUUUAUA